CGCUUUCCCACUGACAAAUGAACCGGGCGGCAUGGACAAGACCAGCCAAUCAGCACGCUCCCGCCCGCUCGCCUAACCUUUCACCUCUCUCAACUCCGACCCGUGGGCUGGGUGACGAAGAUGGCGGAGGUAGACUUUGGGGAUGCUGAGCUUUUCGACCAAUUUGAUGAAGAGGCACCCGCGACGUUACCUACACACAUUCGUUUUGACGACGAGGGUGACGAUGAAGUGCUGGCGCUUCGAAAAAAGCUGGAGGAGUAUGAAGAGACGGUGCGCCUUCUAAAGGAAGAGAAUCGAGAAUUGAAGAGGAAAUUGAAGGUUUUGUCAAGGCCAAGUGACAUUAUCGUGCAAGAUACAAAAAUCAAUGGACCUCUCCUACACAUUUUAUAUAUAAACAAUACCAUAUCAAAACAAUUCCGCCAAGAUAUUGAAGACUGUGUUUUUGGUUUGACACAAAGAUAUGAGGAACAGGAGAAAAAUAACAAGGAAGCUACUUCCUUUAAUGUUAAACCCCAGCCCUCAAGUUUUAUCUUAGAGGAGCAUCACAAGGCAAAGUCUUUAAAUGUCGUGAAGAAAGUUAAAGAUUCUUUCAGUGUAGUUGGAAGUGCUCUUUACUUUCAAGACUUUUGUCUUGACAAACUCGGCCAGCCCUUGCUGAAUGAGAAUCCACAGCUGACAGAAGGAUGGGAGAUCCCAAAAUACCAGCAAGUCUUCAGUCAGAUUAUAUGCUUAGAUGGACAGGAAUUACAGCUCAAAGAAAAAAGCAGACCUAAGCCAUGCUGCUUCAACUGUGGCUCUGAAGUGCAUCAGUUGAAAGAUUGUCCGGAGCCGAGGGAUUUUAUUCGAAUCAAUGAAAAGAGAAAGGAGUUUUCACAGAGCUCUGGUCAGAACAGUCAGCAGCGUUACCAUGCAGAAGAGGUAGAGGAACGGUUUAUAAAGUACAAGCCAGGAAUGGUGAGUGAUGACCUGUUGGACGCCCUUGGUAUUGACCAAAAUACUCUUCCGCCAUAUAUAUAUCGUAUGCGACAUCUAGGCUACCCUCCAGGUUGGCUGAAAGAAGCAGAACUUGAGAAUUCAGGUCUUGCGUUGUAUGAUGGAAAAGAUACCAGUGAUGGAGAGAUUGAAGAGGAUCCAGAAUGUCAGAGCAUAAAGAUCUCCUACGAUACUUCCAAACUAAUUGAUUUUCCUGGCUUUAAUGUUCCUGCAUCAGAGCAUAUCUUCGAUGACUGGCGUGGGUAUAAUUCACUACCUAUGCAGCCAGUUCAUAUGAAGGAAUGUUUUUCUAACUACCUGGCAAGAAAUUUUCCUUCUCCUUCUUCAAAUCCAAGUAAAAGGUCUUAUGAGCCUGACCCAACACCUCACAAAAGUAAAAAGAGAAAGUCUGAUGUCCCUGAAAUGUCAUCAUUGGAUAUGGAUGUUGAUUCAGGUAAUGAGUCUCCUCGUGAUUUCCAGUUUCGGCCACCACUUCCUCCUGAUUCUCCUGCUAUAUCAACUCCACCACCACUGCCAUGUGGCACACCUCCAGGAACUCCUCCAAGUUUUGUCCCACCUCCACCACCCACUCCCACACCACCUCCACUGCCCAAAGGCACACCACCUGUGACACCUUCCAAUGGCUCCCCAGCUGUUCGUUCCCGUGUGGCUGAUGACUCAACAGAUGAAGAUGGUUUCACCCUAGAAGAACUAGAGGAGCAACAGCGGCUGAUUUGGGCUGCUCUAGAAAACACUGACACCACAACUAACAGUGAUUCUGAGACUCCAGUUGACACCCCUCACACAGGGACAUCACUUGCCUCUUCGCCUUCCAAGAAUGACGCGGAUAUUGUAAUUAUUGAGGAUGAAGGAGAUGGGAAUACAGCUAAGGAGGUUCCUUUUGUUGCUAACAGCACAGGUCACUCUAAUGAGGAUAAUACUGCGUUGACAGAAGUCCAAGAGAAACCAGCAUGCACAGCCAUAAUAGAAGAUUCCUCUGCAGAUGACACUUCUAGGCUAGACAAAGAGUCUGAUGAACUGCAAGUUGAAAAAAUUGAGAUUGUGCCCCAUAGGAGCAAAUUUGCAGCUGGAAUAACUCCAUUUGAAGACACAGGAGAAUACACUAAUGUUGCAGAAGCCACAGGAGUUUAUUUGCGAUUAAGAGACUUACUGAAGAGUUCUCCCCGAAACCAAACCAAAACUAAAAAAUAAAUUCUCAAUAACAGAACUGUUUAAGUGUACAUAAACUGGUUUACUUUUAACAUAUUUUUUAUGCCUCAAGUCUAAGUUUGGACAUAAUUGUUUCUUAAAUAAGUUGAAUAUGUUAAAUCCAUUUGAAGUGAGUUUGUUACUCACAGUUUAAUACGCAUUCUUCUGGAAGUAAUGUGGUAUAUGUAAUUUUAUUUUUGGUAAAAAAUAUUUUUUGCCUUGUAAUGUUUGAAAAAAAAAAACAAAAAAAGUUUAUUUACCUUGGGUUGUAACAAGUACUCUUGGAGUAGGUUGAGAGUUUAAAGUGAUGCAUUAUUGUUAUCAGUUAUUAACAGUAAUGCUGAACUACUGGAGAAUAAGAGUGUGUUUUUUUUUUGUUUUAUUUUGUUAGACACCAUUGAGAAGGACCUGAUACAUAUUUUCUCAUUUUCCAAUCUCCUUUCUGUGUAAGGACUUGUCUGCCCAUUCUAGAAAUAUUUAGUUUGGUGUGCUGUCUCCUUUAUGGAGAUAACAGGCUUACAGUGCUUGUUAAAAGCAUCUGUUACACACAAAAAGGCAGUUUUUUUAGAUGUGAAAGGACCAGAAGAUGUUUGUUGGCAUGUGUUGUGUGCUGUUGAUAGCAGUCUUCUGUUAAGUACAAUGGUGGACCAUGCUGUCAAACCCAGUAUGUAGUCCUGUAAUAAUUAGGAAUCGGAAGGUACUGAUGCUAGGUUACUUUUAAACUGUUUCAUCAGUUUUGCAAUAUGUUUUGCAUUGUAAGUUCAAAGUGUUAUGUGAUCAUUUGCUGUUUGUCUAAAUGAGGUUUUAACUGCAAGAAAAUAUUAGUCUUUUUUAAUCAGUUGUUUUAUAGAAAUAAAAAUCAGGGAUUUCUAACUUUAA